AUGGCGAUGAACGUCUCCGCCUACACCCACCUCGAGUCGCUGCUGCUGUUCCAGUGCCUGCAUGCCUAUGGCGUAGGCCCUUCUGUCUUCGGCAGGAUAUCAGACCUGCUGAAGAAGAACCCCGACAUCACCGGCCACAAAUACUUCCAAGUCGGCCGUCUCAGUCCUGAUGCCUUGCGCAACUUUUAUCUAGAGCGGCUGAAGAGGGAGCUCGAACAGGAGCAGCGAGGCGACAGUGACGGCCAACAAGGCGACGUGUCCAACCCAAGGAAGAGGAAGCUGCCCAGCUCGUCACUGCCCACCGUCCAGGAGUCGCUCCAGCAUCGACACCUUAUCCCAACGCUUGUCGCCAAGCUCUACGCUUCCUACCGCAACGAAAUCACAGAGCAGAUCAGAGCCGACGAGGAGAGAUAUGAGCGGCUGCAGCGCGAAAUCAAGAGCAUUGAACGCGGCGAAUGGGAUGACCAAUUGAGGGAGCGCGCCCACCGACGAACACCUACAUCACGGAGCCCUACUGUACCCAAGAAGUCGCCACAUUUAGCAAAGAAGCCCUUGCAACCCAGUCCGAGCUCGCAGCUUGUCCAGAAGGGUGCACGAGGCGAGCCCGACCAUGCGCCUACACCAGAUGCCUCGCAAACACCUCUAGAGCCUCCGAGGCCAUUGCCAGCCCAGAAUAGACAAUCUCCUCCUUCUACGCGCAAGAAACAAGCCUUGACAGACCAGCGACCGACUCCUUCUACGCCACAGCCACCUACGCUCUCGCAGAAUAACGAGACCCAGCCGCCAGUUCCACCGCCAAGGUUUCAGCAACCUCUGAACUCUGGCUACAACGGUGCUCCUUAUCCCAAUCUCUCGCCCUAUUCCCAAGGACAGCAACCUCAGACGCCCCACAAUACACAUUCUCAGCCCGGCCCGCUCCAGAAUCCUGCACGCUCGCCGCAUCCCCAAUCGCCAGCCCUUGGGUCACCUGGUCCCCAAAUUCAAGCUCCGCUCGUCCAACCCUACACCAGCAGUGGGGUACCUCAGUAUGGCCCGCCUCCAGGAGCACCCACACAUUUUUCUCCAACACAUCCACAUUACCUACCACAACAGCCUUUGGGAUCCCAAUCUCCAAGCGUACAAGCUCCCUAUCAGCAGCAAAGGACUCAAUACCCGCAACCAGGACAGCCGUCAUAUCCUAUGCAGCCCCAAGUGAGCCAACCACCACCUCAGGCAGGCUUCAUGCUUCCACCAUUCCAGGUGUCUCCUCAAGAUCCAUCACGUGUUCACCACCAAGCAUCUGUACCGUCGCAGUACCCGCAGGCCUCUACCCCUUUGAAUAACCGACAGCCAUCAAAUGUACAAACGCCAGGGGCUGGCAGGCAAGGUGUCCCACCUGUGCAUCCGCUAGUCAUCCAAGCAAGACAGUCUUUCUCUACACCAAUGAGUACACGUUCAUCGCUUAGCGCUAUCGGAACACCAGCAUCGGCAAAGAGCUUUUGGAAGCGACAGAGUUUUGGUGGGACACCUGGAACUCCAGGAAGUCCGCGCCCGGAUGUUGAGCCUAUUGAUGAUUUCGAGCCGUUGGUACACCCAAAAUCGAGUCCUCCGAAAGCGAAAGCGCAACGUAAAUCAAAAGCGAAAGGCAAAGGGAAAGAUAAGGAGCCCGCGAAGGAUGGAGAGCAAGAGCUUGCGCCAGAUUCCGACGCAACACAGAAUCUGAAGCUGUCUGAUGCCCAAGAGGAUGACAUGCCCGAGGUCGAGACUCGAUUGGGUCGGUCACGACGCAAAGCAGCCAUCAAACGGACACGGCCCGGUAGUCUUGCAUCUUCUCGAGCAGGUGGCUCUACAAGAGACCGCAGCAGAAGCCACUCCAUCUUGUCUCAUACUGAGACAGUAGCAGCCGAUAAUGAUUCGCAGGCGGGUCAUCGCAUCAAGUCCGAACGAGGGACCUCUGUUGGUGCCAUCGAGGAAGAGACUGUUGGAACACCUUCCCAAGUAUCGACCCGCCGACGAGGAGCUGCCGCACAAGCUCCCCCCUCAACAAGGCGAAAGCGAAAUGCGCGAGAGGCAUCACUGGAGGAGGCCGAGGACCAGUUCAGCUCACCUGGGCCACCGAAAUCCAUAAUCGCUCAACGUCACUUCUCCAAAAUGUGCGCUCCCAUCAUGAAUGACAUCAAUUCACACAAGCACGCAUCAACUUUCACAACAGCAGUCCGCGCAAAGGAUGCAGAAGGCUACUACGACAUCAUCAAGCGCCCCACAGACUUGAAAUCCAUUCAAAAAGCCAUUGCGGUAGGCGCAAAGCAAGUCGCGGCAGCGGCAACCGACACCCCCGUUGGCAGUCCCGGUGGGGGCGGAGCCAUCGUCGAGCUCCCCGCAACGCUUGAAAACAUGCCUCCUAAAGCGAUUGUCAAUGCCGCACAACUGGAGAAGGAGCUCAUGCGCAUGUUUGUCAAUGCUGUCAUGUUCAACCCUGGGGAAGAUGGCGUUGUAGAGGAUGCGAGGGAAAUGUUUGAGACGGUGCAGCGGAGUGUGAGCAAUUGGCGCAAUGUGGAGCGGAGCAGUGGGCGAACGGAGGUAGAGGAUACGCCGGUUGCGGAGGAGGAAGAGGUUGCACAGGUCAGCAAAAGGAGGAAGGUGUAG